AAAUGAAUUGGUGCAAACAAUUUCUCUCAUGUUAUCAGGGGGCAUUUAUAGGCAAUGCAUUACAUUUCAACUCUUUGGACAAACCUUUGCUACUUUCCAUAGAAGAGAAUCACAAGUUUUGGUGGUCAAUGAGCAGUUAACAGCGAAGGAUUCGUUUUUCUAUGCACUAGUCAUUCAGCAUGACUCUCUGGACUCGGGAAGCAGCAAGGAGGAAGAUAUGGAGAUGGAUAGAUUUGGAAUCAGACUCAGACUCAAUCAGUGGAAAAUAGAAGAACACAUGAAAGAGCAUGGCAUCAUCAUGGCAGUGGUCCAGGAAAGAUAUUAUGGGACAUUCUUCCCUUACGGUGACGCAUCCAAGUUCGCCCAGCACGCCUUCAGGACCUUCGACAAAAAUGGUGACGGCACCAUCGACUUCAGAGAGUUCAUCUGUGCUUUAUCAAUCACAUCACGAGGCAGCUUUGAGCAGAAACUCAACUGGGCCUUCAACAUGUACGACCUGGACGGAGAUGGCAAGAUCACACGAGUGGAAAUGCUGGAGAUCAUCGAGGCGAUCUACAAGAUGGUGGGCACAGUGAUCAUGAUGAAAAUGAAUGAGGACGGCCUGACGCCCGAGCAGAGGGUGGACAAGAUAUUCUCCAAGAUGGAUAAGAACAACGAUGACCAGAUCACGCUGGAGGAGUUCAAAGAGGCAGCCAAGAGCGACCCGUCCAUCGUAUUACUGCUGCAGUGUGACCUUCAGAAAUAGGCCGGAGGGCAAGCGGAGCACUCCACCAGCCGCCACGGACUGCACAGAAAGAAUUUCAUGUUCCAUUCAGUUUGCAGCUAUUUCCACUGAAAAAAUAUAUGCUUGGACUACCUUUCAAAGGAUCUGCUUCUUGUGUUUGAAACACUCGUGUGCAUGAGAAUGUUAUUUGCUAGAAAAAGAUCUAACCACAACAUACAAGAGUGUGCGGGUGCGAGAGUGCAUUUGCACACUUACCCCACAGACAGAUACACUAACAGUACACACACAUGCACACCCAAUAUUAAAACCUCGCACAAAUAAUAUAUAUAGAUGUAUAAAUAUGAAUAUAUAUUUAAAUUAUUUAAAGAUCAAUUGCCAAAAUGUGAAGUGUGCAAAGUAUUUUCCAUACAGUUGCUUCGACUGGAGCUUGCGCAUCAGUGAUGUCCUAUGUUGAAUUUGCCGCUAAUCUAUUUAAUGUUCCGAGUUUACUGACGCUAGCUGUAUGUGUUUCAUAAUACUGAGUAAUGUCAACCAAACCAAAAUCCUAUGAUAAUGUAUCUGCCUCCAAUAAGACACUCUAUCCAUCGUCUCGAAUAUUAGCCCUAGAAGAGAUGGAUUAGCAUUUGUCCAAUUUUUCCUUCCAAAACAUGCUUGUACUGUCAGUUAAAAAAGAUGUAAAUGUACUUAAUUUGCAUGCCUUUAGGUUCUGCAUUAAAAUUUCCUCAUUUUGCAUCCUGUAAUCGAAGACAGAAAGCCUUAUCCAAGCAGCACGGUCACACUUGGGGGGGAAACGUGAGAAAAGAUUCUUCUUGAAUAGGGAGGAAAAAAAAUCAUAAUGCAGUAGGUCCUUUUACAAGUAUCGUCAUAUGGGAUGUAAUUUUUGUGAUCUAUCGAGACAUUUUCUUUAACUGUGGCAGCAUGUUUCCUUGUAGAUUAGCUGUAGUAU